CUUCUUUCCUGGCUCCAGACAUACUUGUCCUCUCUUCUGGUGCACAUGUGCUGGAAGCAGUGAGGAAGUGCAGAGCAGUCCUGACCCAAGUGAGUCAGUCAGUCAUCAGUGCGCUCACAACCAGCAUCUGUCUAUCCAUUAUUUUGGGACGCAUGUAGACUCUUUGGGAUAAGAGGAACAUUCCUAGCUUUACGUUCUUGGAAUAUUCAGUCUGAUGCUAGAGAAGGCAGGUUGAAAUUGUAUCUAGAAGAAUGGCAGGAUUUACCCCCUUUUUCUUUCUGUUGGCGUUCCUUGCCACUUGCGUCUCAUCCAGCAGCAAGUCAAAUGUGCCCCGCCUCAGACUCUCCUAUAAAGAUCUACUGUCCACCAACAGAUCAUCCAUCUUCAGUGGGCAUCAUGGCCAACUCUCUCUCUCAAGUGUCUAUCUGGAUGAGUACCGUGACCGUCUCUUCCUGGGAGGCAAAGACGUCAUGUACUCUCUCCUGCUGGGACCAGCCAAGAGCGAGUCCAAGGAGAUCUAUUGGCCUCCAUUACCUGGCGACCGAGAAGACUGCAUUCAAAGAGGGAAAGAGCCACAGACGGAGUGUGCCAACUUUGUGCGCCUCCUGCAGCCAUACAACCGCACUCACCUCUUGGCCUGCGGCACUGGAGCAUUUCAUCCCAUGUGCAGUUUCAUUUAUGUGGGCCACAGAGGAGAGCAUGUCUUCACCAUGGACCCUAAAAAUGUGGAGAAUGGACGAGGCAGGGUCCCACAUGACCCCAGCCUUCCUUUUGCUAGCACGUUCAGUGGUGGGGAGUUAUUUACAGGACUGACAGCGGAUUUCUUAGGAAGAGACUCUGUGAUCUUCAGAAGCAUGGGAGGUCGCUCCACCAUGAGGACCGAGACUGACCAUAAAAUCCUUCAUGACCCCAAGUUUGUGGCAGCGCACCUCAUUCCAGACAACGACGACAGAGACGAUGACAAAGUGUAUUUUUUCUUCACCGAGAAGGCCACCGAAGCCGGAGACAGAGAGGAGGCCAUUCACACGCGUGUUGGACGAGUGUGUGCGAAUGACGUUGGAGGUCAGAGGGUGCUGGUGAAUAAGUGGAGCACCUUUAUUAAAGCCAGACUGGUUUGCUCUGUCCCGGGACCUCAUGGCAUCGAUACGCAUUUCAACCAACUGGAGGAUGUUUUCUUGCUAAGGACCAAGGAUGAGAGGAACCCAGAUAUUUAUGCAAUCUUUAGCACUAUCAGUAAUGUAUUCCAGGGUUUUGCUGUGUGCGUUUAUCGCAUGGCUGACAUCAGAGAGGCCUUUAACGGACCAUUUGCUCAUAAAGAAGGUCCAGAUUACCAGUGGGGUGCCUACGAAGGCCGUGUCCCUUAUCCCAGACCGGGCGUGUGUCCCAGUAAAAUCACCAACCAGCCCGGCAGGGAGUUUGGCAGCACCAAAGACUUCCCCGACUAUGUGCUCCAGUUUGCCCGAAGCCAUCCUCUGAUGUGGCGGCCGGUACAACCCGCCUUACGCCAACCUGUGCUCGCCAAGGCAAACGUUCCUUACAGGCUCAAACACAUCGUGGUGGACCGUGUUGAGGCGGAGGACGGGCAGUAUGACGUUAUGUUCAUCAGCACGGACAUCGGUACGGUGUUAAAGGUCAUCGCCCUUCAUGGAGGAAAUAGUCUGGAAGCAGAAGAGGUCACAUUGGAGGAGCUUCAAGUUUUUAAAGUGCCAACUUCAAUUACAUCAAUGGACAUAUCAGUCAAAAGACAAGCCCUCUAUGUGGGCUCCCCAGCCGGCGUGGCUCUGGUGAAGCUUCAUCGCUGUGAGACGUACGGCAAGGCUUGCGCUGAGUGCUGCCUGGCCAGAGACCCUUACUGCGCCUGGGAUGGCUCGUCCUGCGCUCGAUACGUCCCCAACAGUAAACGUCGCUUCCGAAGGCAGGACAUCAGACACGGAAACCCGGUGCUGCAGUGUUUAGACCAAAAUUUUAGCGAGGACCUAGAAGAGAUGGAGGAUCGGGUGGUGUACGGCGCUGAGAACAACAGCACUUUUCUGGAAUGUGUUCCUCGCUCCCCGCAAGCUUCUGUCAUCUGGUUGGUUCAGCGUGAUGACCGCAAGGAAGAGGUCAAGAUGGACGAUCGAGUCAUGUCCACAGAGCAGGGCCUCCUCUUUCGUCGCCUCCUCAGCCAGGAUGCGGGCAUCUACAUCUGCCGCUCCAGAGAGCAUGGCUUCACCCAGACCCUCGCCCGGCUCACCCUGGAAGUCCUCCAGGGCGACACCAUAGAUGAGUUGAUGGUACGGGACAACACUGGCAUCUCUGAGCUACUCAAAGAUAGAUCGACUGGAGGCUACAAGAACUGGAUGCCUUGUAGCUCGUAUAACAGGUUGACCCCGAUCGGCCAGUCUCGUAUGUGGUUCAAGGACAUCAUGCAGACGAUCGGCCCGUCCAACCUGCCCCACGUGGAGGAGUACUGCGAAAGGAUGUGGUGUAAUGAGAAGCUGAGGAGGAAGCACAAGAGCAUGGUGGAGAAGUAUCGGCAGGCCCAGGAGAGCGCCAGGAAGGUGCGCAGCAAGAGUUCUGGUGAGCGGAACCGGACGCCGCGGGAUCUUAGUGCACGGAAGGACUAAUGGAGAAAACAGAAGGAGGGGAACUAAAGGAGAAAAUAAAGACAAUUGGGGACAGGGGGACCAGCUUAGUUGGAGCUCAGUUUGUAAGAAGGUAGGUGGUAGAGUGAUAGAUGCUUGUUCUGCUUAUCACUCCCCAAAUAUAGAUUGGACAAGUUGUCUGCAGGAAGGACAUGGCCUCAAUCUAAUGUUGAGAUGGAGACAUGUGACAAUGUUUCAAAUAUACAAACUUUGAUGAUGUCUGUAACAAAACUAAGGACUUCAAACUUAGCUCGCAUCCGAAGUUAAUGAUGGACAAAACCCUUUUUUUCUUGUACAUGGUCUUUGUUAACUGACCAACAUCAGACCCAUUUCAGCACUCCACAUCUUCACUUUGUAGUCCGAUUUGUGUUUAGGUUAACCCCCAAACACUGGCAUCAUUAGCUCAGCUAACUAAGACUGAAAGCUACACAGAAACGACAUGUUGAUGGUUCAACAGAUUAUGAGCACUUUGCUUUGUUUUUGCUGCUUAGCACUGAACUUGCCAUUCAACGGGAGGCGCUAGAACUGGAAAUCCUCCACUAAUCCAUUUACUAAGGCUGGAAGUAAUUCACUUCAAAAUGGAAACAAUUUUGUCCAGCUUGUUUGGUUCAGUAUGGUACGCAAGGUGGGAGGAAUGUGACACAAGCUUAACACUUUGAUGACAGGACAAGUAUCCAAAACUAAUCAUAUGAUAAAUAAUAGUCUACAUUGUCUUGCUUUCCAUUAGUUUAAAUCCAUGGAUUAAACAAACCUUUGAAAUGUCAAUUGUGGAAUGAUCUUAAUUGUUUUCAGUCAACAUUAGAGAUUGUCAUAAUAAUUCCAUUUUGUUGAAAACGUUUCCGGAAUGUUGAUCAUUAACAGAGCUAUUUAUAUGUGUUGUUUCUCUCAUGACAAGUAGACAUGACAUCAUCAGAAAUGUCGAGUGUAGCGCCCCUCACAUGCUUUCAUUGCGAUAGUUACAACUUACGUAUGUGUCAAUGUGUAUAUAUGGAAAAAUGCGCCAAUCUGGAAGCCCUCUCAUUUUACUGUAUAACUAAAAGACUCCAAGUGGAAAUGGCAAAAUAAUAAUAUAAGCAUGAUGUAUUUGAAAUUUCUGUCAUUUGUACAAUUUUUCAUUUUAAGGCGUAUCAUUUUUUUCACCAACGUACAAGCACGUUUGGCACGCGAAUGUUUAUUUUUCUUGUCUAGGGGAUGGUGAGGCUCACUAUUAGACUCCAAUUAAGGUGUUUUCUCUGCAAAUAUUAGUCCGUUGGGGGGGAAAAAAGGCUCCUUGAGAGGAGGAUGGUGAAAGAUAAAAUGUGGUGUUAUGAAACGAGCAUAACUGCAAAAAUAUGUUUCAGUUAAAAAUGUGGCAUAAUUGUGUGGCAGUUGUUAAAUUCUAUCCCUUGCACCUAAAGCAACAGCCCAACAUUACUGAUGGUUUAUUUGUUUUUUCCCCCUCCUUUGAUUAGUCUUUAGCUAGUAGAGCUUUUGAAGUUUGUUAUUUUUAAAAGAACAGAAUAGUGUUGUUUUUUUAACCCUAGCAACCUUUCAAAAAUAUCUAUCUUCAUCAAUUGAAAAAAAUGACUGUCCUCGAAAAUGCAUUUGCAGGCUUGUGCAUUACAGUGCAACAGGUGGUGCUGAAGGGUAGUCAGGCCUUUUAGCAAAUCAAAAGCCUGGAAAAGGUCCAAAUGGUGAAGAGAGAAAAUGUGCAAUUAAGUGUGUGAACAUACACACUUGACUAUACAUAGUGUUAACAAAACAAAGCAUAAACAAAAACAAGCCUUUGUGGUCAAAUUCACUUUUCACAAUUAUUUGUGGUCAUGUAGAAAUUGAUACAGUGUAUAUAAUAGAAUAGAACUAACACAAAUUUCUGUCCCUAAUUAUUUGGUGUUACAAGAUAGAAGCAUGCUCGAGCCGUCUGUAAUUUGUGAACACAUGCUUGAGAAUUGUUAAAUGCAUAUUGUUGUGAGAACUGCUAGCGUGCAUUUAGUCAGCACAGUAUUUGUGUAUGUUUAAAGAGUUACUGUACGCUGUCAGAUGUGGUAUUAGUGGGGGGGAAAAGUUGAGAUCAUCUACGAUUCUGUUAAAAAAAUUACACAAAAAUAAAAUACAAUUUACUGCGUUUUUAGCCCAUUUUCUCUUAAUGGCUUGCUAACUGUCCAACAUGAGCAUUAAUUUGUUGAAUCAAAAACAAACGGUGAUGAUUUUAUAUGAGUGAAUCAACUAUAGUGAGCUUUUACUGUUUUGUAUGUAAGUGCUAUUUGAGGGUUUACUUGCUUUUUUAAGCAUGUCGUACUUAUAUGCUAUCUAUGAUUUUCUGUUCACUUAUUAGGUGGGACUGGCUCAAUAAACUUUAUUUGAAAUGUUUGGACAAAAGGAACUGUGUACCUUAGUAGCGUACGCACACUGUUUGUUAAUGUUCCAAAUGUUUACCUUAAAGCCACAAUGUUGUUGGACACUGUUGAAUGACAAUAAAGAUUUGAAUUCUUA